CUAGAAGACCGCGAACGACCUACGACAGGCUGCUAAGCUCGCGAAGCUGAUGUUCUGAUUGCUAUGCCGAAGUGACCGAUCCACGAUCCGCUUGCUCGCCGGUCACCAUGAUCAGCCGCCUAUAUCCUCUGUUUCUUGACAGAAUAGCCGUCCUCGUAAGAACGCCAUGGACGUGACGACUCCCAGAUGCGACAUUUGCAGUCGGACCUUCAACGGCCGCCGUAAACCUCAAUGCGCUGCCUGUGCUCAGGCGGCGCUAUACAAUCCUCGCUUCGAGCAAGCCACGGCUUUACUUGACCGCGAAAAGUCUCACUCUCACGCCGAAGCUGUCAUCCGACCUGGGAACGAUGGUGUUCUCGCUGCUCUGUCGGAAGACGCAGAUCUGGACUCCCUGACAACGAGCAUCUCGACAAACAGUCUUGAGCGUCGUCGAGAAGAGCGGGAGGCGACUGAGCAUCGUGUGGAGAGAAUUGUUGCAAAGGCAGAAGAGUUGAAGAGACAAAUCGAUGCAUACAGAGAGCGCUCCGUCGCCCAGAAGGAGGAGCUCGAGCAUCGACGUUCAGUCCUCGCGGAGGAUCGAGUUGAGCUGGAGAAGCAUCGGACUCGCGCCAUGGAGCCUGUGAUCACCACAACGAAGAAGACAGCUCAGCGACUGGAAAAGGUACGAGUCAGGAUCGUUGAGGCAAGGCUUUUGCUCUGCCGCGAGGCUGCAUCUGCGAGCAAUCUGCAGAGGCGGAAGCCGUCCGCGGGCAGAUCAGAGUACAUGCUUGGUGGAAUUGCUAUCCCUGACUUGAGAGAGCUGAAUGUCAAGACGCAAGCGCCGCCGAAGCAGACAUCCACUGGCGCCAGAAUCGUGGCGGAACCUCAUGACCUGGUCUCCGAAUCCUUCGCUAACGUAGCACGGCUUCUCAAUCUGUGCGCCCAUUACCUCUCGGUUCGACUGCCUGGCGAGAUUCUACUGCCGCACGAGGACUUCCCACGGCCGGCUAUCAUGCUGGAGAAGGCCUCGUAUCAGUUCAAGGACGUUGUUUACCCAAGUCUGUCCUCCAGUCGUACAAUGAGCCCAGCUGCCUCGCGCACUUUCGACGAGCAGCGGCCACGCCCGCGACCACUCUGGAUCGAUCGACCUCUGGCUCAGCUGUGCAAGGAAGACAACAAGACUUACGGCCUCUACAUUGAAGCCAUCACCAUGAUCGCAUACAAUAUCGCGUGGCUGUGUCGCACUCAGGGCAUCGAUACCAUCAACUCAUUCGAGGAGACAUGCCACAUCGGAAGGAAUCUCUGGCAACUGCUCGUCCAUCAAGGAAGAAAGCGACCUACGCUCGACCGCAGGAUCUCAGCACUGUCAGGCAAAAGUGCACAAGAUUCGAGGAGCACUGGCAGUCUGGGAGUGUUCUCACAUGCCACUGCUCGCAACAACCUUGCAAGUCCGGAAGGAGCAGCGUUCAUGAGAGACUUCAAACUGUCCUCGCCUGGACGUCUCGCAGACAAGUUGAAGAACACACUGCUAGGCGAGUUUUCUGGAGCUGAGUGGGAAAUGCUGGAAGAGAAAGAGUGGGACGAGGAUAGGGAGGAUGAGAGACCGGUCUUGGUUGGGGGAUCGAAUCGGCCGAAGGAGUCACACAGCAGCAUUAGCACUAUAGUUCGCGAGAGAAGACAUCUAGGAGCUCUGCGACCUGCAGCUGCUCGGAGAGCUGGAGGCGUCGUUUUCGUCAAGCUCUUCUUCGGAUUGAUAGGUGAUGAGACGGUCAAGCCCGGGCAUUUUACGAAGUUCUUCUCUGGUAUGGGCAAAGGCGACAUCAUUCACCAACGUCCCGUCGGGCAGGUCUCUUUCACGUCACACAAGCGCGGGCGGGGAAGCUCGCCGAUCUUCGCCAAUAAGGUAGCAUUCAUUACUCACCUACACCCAACAACAUGCUUCCUCGUGAAUGGCUUCACGUGGGGCAUCACAGCGUCCUACGGCGUCUACCUCUCCUACUACCUUUCCAACGCCCUCUUCCCCUCCUCCACGCCCCUCUCCUACGCGUUCAUCGGCGGCCUCAACUUCUCCGCCGCCAUGCUGCCCUCCCCACUCAUCACACUCCUCACCCGCCUCUACGGCAAACACGCCACCAUGUCCCUCGGCAUCCUCUUCCAAGCUCUAGGCUACAGCCUCGCGUCCAUCUCCACCCGUCUCUGGCAUCUCUACCUCUCCCAAGGCGUACUGGUAGGUCUGGGCACGGGCUUCCUUUAUAUCCCAAGCACAGCGAUUCUCAGCCAGUGGUUCGAGCGUAAGCGCAGUCUCGCGAACGGUAUCGCUGCGGCGGGGAGUGGCGUCGGCGGUGCGGCGUUCGCGUGGGGCACUGGAGCGAUGAUUGCGAGUUUGGGCGUCGGCUGGGCGCUGCGUGUUACUGCCAUCAUUGGAUUUGUCGCUAACUCGGUGGCUACGCUGAUGAUGAGGGAUCGGAACAAGGCGAUCCAACCGCCGCAGUUGGCUCUGGAUGGAAGGUUGCUACGCCGGCUGGAUGUGUGGCUUUUACUUGGCUGGGCGUUUGUGAGUAUGCUCGGGUACAUUGUUCUCCUCUUUUCGCUGGCCGAUUUCGCACGGGCGAUCGGUCUGUCGAGCGGCCAGGCGACAACAAUUGUCGGGCUGUUGAACGUUGGGACUGCGGUGGGCAGGCCGGUGAUUGGGAUCUGGAGUGAUCGGUUCAGGAGAGUGGACGUUGCGGCCAUUCUCACGGCGGUGAAUGGUGUGGCCUGCUUUGCGUUUUGGUUGCCGGCUAGAGGGUUUGGAUUAACGACUUUCUUCGCGCUGUUUGUCGGCGGCAUUUUGGGGGUGUUCUGGAUGACCAUCGGACCGCUAUGCGCGGAACUCGUCGGAUUGAAAGACAUGCCGUCGCUGCUGUCCGUCUCCUGGUUGACCGUGGUCCUACCUUCGACAUUCUCAGAGGUUAUUGGCCUCGAAUUACGCCGUGAAAAUGCUCGUUUUCCAUACCUCUACACGCAGAUCUACGCCGGAGUGACUUAUCUGGUCGCGGCAGUGCUCAUGACAGCACUUGCUGUGCUCAAGAGGAGGCAAAACAGCAAGGCCACGAACUUCCUCGUUGCAGCCGUUGAGCAGAAAUGA